AUGAGAAGACGAGAAAGCGCCGGCGAAGUGGACUCAUCUGCGCCCGACGUUCAGUCGACGAAGAGAUCGCAGUCGGGAUAUCCAUCCUACCCGUCCUCGGAGAGCCAACCAAAACCCGAAGGCUCGAGCAGAUCGCCGGCUUAUCCGUCUAGCUCUGGUUAUCCCUCGAACUCUGGUUACCCAUCCAGUGGUUCGUCGGGUUAUCCUGCCAGUUCCGGCUAUCCUUCCAGAACCGGCUCGUCGGCUUAUCCGUCAAGAAGUUCGGGAUAUCCGUCGGAGUCUGGAAGCUCGUCUUAUCCCGGUUACCCGUCGAGAAGCAGUUCUGCUUAUCCGUCAGGAUCAGGCGGUUAUCCUAGUGGCUCGUAUCCUUCAAGCUCCGGUGGUUAUCCCACCAGUAGCUCCACCACGAACGAGGAGAGCGUGAAAAGAGUCGCUGCCAGCUCGGUAAACGCCGCAUAUCCUGGAUAUCCUAGCCAGGGUCAAGAUACAAGAAGCAGUUAUCCGUCUCAGAACUCUGGAUAUCCUAGCCAGGGUCAAGAUACCAGAAGCAGUUAUCCGUCUCAGAAUUCUGGAUAUCCUAGCCAGGGUCAGGCUAGCCGAAGCAACUAUCCGUCUCAGAAUUCUGGCUAUCCCUCGCAAUCUGGGUAUCCUGGCCAGUCGAGCCCAUAUGGUAACUACUAUCCUGGAUACUCUCAGGGUUACCCACAGGGAUAUCCGUCCCAAGGGAACUAUCCUCAGGGAUAUCCACAGGGAUAUCAGCAAGGCUACCCGCCAGGAUAUCAGCAAGGAUAUUACCCUGCUGGUCCUACUACUAGAAAGCCUAAUUUUGGUGAUCAGUUGACCAAUAUAGCGAAGGAUCUUGCUGGAAGAUAUCUGACUCAAGCGAUUAUAGACAAAAAAGAAGGAAAGAAGGGAGGGGAAAAGAAAAGAAGUAUCGAGUCGAUCGAGGAUGAUGAUGGAUUCUGUGUGAAAGAAAUCUCGGAAGAUCCUCGUUUAUUAAAGUCUUGUGAGAAAAUUACGAAUAUGGGAUAUUGA